AGUCUGGGUUUCCCCCACUCAGCUACAAACUGUGUACCCCAAACCAGAGCUCCUUCUUCCCCUUGUCUCUGUCACUGCUCCACUAUUUAAAGGACAUAGUGCUGAGACUGCAGUGUGUGCCCCAAGAAGAUGGACCCCAACAAAGCCUUCAUCUUAGGAGUCUUCAACCUAGCAGUGCUGCUGAGUCCCUGGGGAGCCAGGGCCAUUAAAGAGAAUCAUGUGAUCAUCCAAGCAGAGUUCUACCAGACCCACAACCCCUCGGGCGAGUUCAUGUUUGACUUUGAUGGAGAUGAGAUUUUCCAUGUGGAUUUGGAGAACAAGCAGACAGUCUGGCGGCUUCCUGACUUCAGCAAAUUUGCCAGCUUUGAGGCUCAGGGUGCUCUGGCCAAUCUUGCUGUGGAUAAAGCCAACCUGGAAAUCAUGAUGAAACGGUCCAACAAUACCCCUGACACCAAUGUGGCCCCUGAAGUGACAGUGUUUCCAAAGGGCCCAGUGGAGCUGGGCCAGCCCAAUGUCCUUGUCUGCUUCAUUGACAAGUUCUCUCCUCCGGUACUUAACGUGACGUGGCUUCAUAAUGGGAAUCCCAUCACUGAUGGUGUGUUUGAGACUGUCUUCCUCCCCCGUUCUGACCAUGCCUUCAGAAAGUUCCACUAUCUCACCUUCAUCCCCUCUGCCACCGAUUACUAUGACUGCAAGGUCGAACACUGGGGACUGGAACAACCUGCUGUCAAACACUGGGAACCAGAAGUACGGACCCCACUGCCAGAGACAACAGAGACUGUGGUCUGUGCCCUAGGCCUGGCCAUAGGCCUGGUGGGCAUCAUCGUAGGCACCACCCUUAUUGUCAAGGGCAUGCGAUCAAGCAAUACUUCCCGUGGCGGCUCCCGUGGACUGUGACAGCCUUUCUAGGAGACAAGAAUAACCAGAAGAUCCCAGUUCCUGACUUGGCCUUCCAACCCGGCUCUGGUGCACUCCCCAUUUCAGCUUCUCUUCCAGAUGUUUGUUUUCCCCCAACUCCUCUGACUGACUCAUACCAGUGACUCUUCUAACUCUUUCUCCUCUUAAAAAACCAUAAUUCCAUUUGGGAAUCACACUCACACACCAACACUCCACCCCAAAUACACCCCCACUGCUACACAUGUUUCCACACUUGCCCCAACCUGUGCCCCCCACCCCCAUUGAACUCUCUGCCCCUAUCUUCCUGCUUAAUUUUCCCCCUGCCCCAUUAAAGGAACAAGGUAAAGAGUACUCUGUAGUCAGAGGGAUAUGCAUUCAAAUUCUACCUGACACUUACUACCUAUGUGACCUUGGGAAAGUCAUUAACCUCUCAGGGCCUCAUUUUCCUCAUUUGUAAAAAUAAGGAGACUGUACUAUAUGACCUCUAAAAUUCCUCCUAGCUCUAAAUCUGUUAUAUUAUGAUCUUAUAUCACCACUUCUAAGUCUUCCCUUCCCUUGUCUUCUGUAAUCUUGGAAAGUUAGUAGACAGGAAUUAUUUUUCAUCUGCACCUAAUGAGGUGUUCUCCCCACUGAGAUGAGGGGGGACCCAAGGCCCCCCUGUGAUUGUCCUCUAGUCCCCAUCACUGCUGCCCAUUCAUAUCUGGAAACUGUUCUAAAACAAAUAAAUGCCUGGGCAUGUUAAUAUUAGAA